CGACCGCGAUUCUCCCUCCGUCCUCCUCUCUCACCGCCCGCCCGCGCCUUAUAUCCCCUCCUCGCAACAGCUCAUUGCCUGACCUUGACGAUUACACGACCGACUGAACCCGCCGCCGAUUUGCACCGGUGUCUGUGACGCCCACGUCCGACCGAAAUUUGUCUCGCUCGCGACCGCCAUGUCGACCUCUCAGAGCCCCAUCCGCCGGAAGCUGGUUAUCGUGGGUGAUGGUGCCUGCGGAAAGACGUCGCUGUUAUGUUCGUUCGCGCUCGGAGAGUUCCCCAAGGAAUACCAACCGACCAUCUUUGAGAACUACGUGGCAGAGAUCAGGCUGGACGGCAAACCCGUGCAGCUGGCGUUGUGGGAUACCGCCGGACAAGAAGAAUACGAGCGUUUACGACCCCUCUCCUACUCUAAAUCCCAUGUUAUCUUGAUCGCGUUCGCAAUCGACACCCCAGAUUCGCUCGACAACGUGACCGUAAAGUGGAUCGAAGAAGUGCGCUCGAUCUGCGGGCCGACGAUCCCCGUGCUGCUCGUCGGCUGCAAGUCCGACCUGCGCCCGCCGCCGGGCGACCCGCGCCUCGGCAACUACGUCUCGCGCGCGCAGGCGGAGCGCGUUGCGCAGGCGAUCGGCGCGCGGGCGUACAAAGAGUGCUCGGCGCUGAAGAUCGAGGGCGUGGACGACGUGUUCGAGGCGGCGACGCGCGCGAGCAUGCUCAUGCGCGAGGGCGUGCCCGCGCACGUGCCCUCGACGGAGCGCCAGGGCCACCGGCGGCGGCACAGCGACGCGGGCGACGACGCGGGCGCGGGCAAGUGCUGCGUCAUCUGCUAGUCGUCUCCUCGCCGGCCGUGUUCGCCCCCGCCCCCGCCCGACUGCAUCUCUCGUUCUUUAUUACAGCACCCAGCCCAGCCCCGUGUUCCCUUUUUCGCUUACCCAUUGACGCGUUUCCCUUUAUUCGUGGUCCGAGUAUACGUAUACGUUUAUCUGCCGCAACACGGACAGCGCUAGCUAGACCCCCGCCCGCAUAUAUCUACAAGAGUACAUGGCUAAAUUGACGCAUGGAAUGCACGGACUUUGUAUAGCCGC